GCCCCGCGACAGCUCCCAGUUCUCUUAAGACCUAGCGACGAACUGGCCGCCCGCUUCUCCCGGCUCCGUCCCCCCAGCCGACUCACCCCGCUUCCCCAAGGAAAGGAAAGAGGGCAGAGCCAUGGCCAUGGCGGCGCUGCGUGAGGCCUCCCGCCGCCUGGCCUUCACCUCCACGCGGGUCCUCGCCGGCGCCGCCACGCGCCCGCUGCUCCUCACGCACUCUCGCGGCAUCACACACAAGCUCUUCAUCGGAGGCUUGUCACAAUUUGCAACGGAAGACAGCCUAGCAGAAGCUUUCACGCGUUAUGGCCAAGUAUUAGAAGCAACCAUUGUCACGGAUAAGAUGACCAGCCGAUCAAAAGGAUUCGGCUUUGUGAAAUUUGCCUCCGAGGAAGAAGCCAAUAAAGCACGGGAAGAGAUGAACGGCAAGGUACUGAAUGGGCGAGUUAUAUAUGUCGACAUUGCAAAGGCCAAACAGGACCGUGCUGCAGACGUAGUUCCAAUAGCAAGAGGCCCUCCUAAGCCAGUCGGCAACACCUGAAAAUGCGUGUUGUGUUGAUGAUAAUAUAAAUAAGGUAGAUUGCGACGCUGUUAGAGAAAAGCCUGUGUGUAAUUAUGCUGAAUUUUAUGUUUUGCAAGAACAUAUAUUUUUCUAAUGUAAUCGACGCGUAAUAUUGUGCUGAAUUUUAUGGUCUGCAAGAACAACA